AUGUCGCGCCAACUCAACAUGGACACGCUGCGGCAGAACUUCUGGAAGGAAGAAUUCCUGAGGGAAAAGUGGUUGCGCUGUGAAUGGCAACGCAAGUAUGGGUCAGUGGUAAAGGCCAGGCAGAAGGCUAAGGCUGCAGCCCAUGUGCCCCUCAAGCUGCCCACCCUGCAGCCCCAAACCCCAGUCUUGCCCCCACCUGCCCCCAAAGCAGCCUCUUCCAAGCCCCCAAGCCCUGUUCCGGAGGAGGCUCCUUGUCAGUCAGAAAUGUACCCAGUACCGCCUGUCACCCGGGCUCUGCUCUAUGAAGGCAUCUCCCAUGACCAUCAGGGGCGCUUCCGCUACCUCAACACCCGGAAACUGGACUUGCCAGAGAAGCGCUACCUCUUCCCCAUCACCACCAACUUCAAGUAUGGCUGGCAGCUGGGCCCCCCAGUUAAGCACGAGCUGGUCUCCUGCAAGAUGUGCCGGAUCGAUUCCUUCUUCCGCAAGAACGGGGCCUUCGCGCUGCUGGACCCCCGAGACCUGGCGCUCUGA